AUGGCGACAGCCAAUCGUGACCUAGAUGAGGCGUUGAAGGUGUUUAAGUCGGCCUGUAAAUCGAUUGAGGCUGCAGUGGCCCUGGAGGAGAAUCAUGGUAGUGUUCAGGAGGCUCUGAAGCAUUAUAAAGCGGCUAUUACAGCGCUCGACAGGGCCCUCACCUCCCCAGCCGUGAAGGGAUCAAACUCACAGGAUAUGGUUGAGGUGCGCGCGAAGAUGAAAAAGUACCGCGACCUGGCUGCAGAAAGAUGCGUCAUUCUUUCUGGAAAUGAGGAGGUUAAGGAACAUCUCCGCGAAACCGUCAUCUAUCCGGCUCUCCGUCCUGAACUCUUUACUGGUCUGAGAUCCCCAGUCAGGGGAAUACUUCUCUUCGGACCUCCAGGAAACGGGAAAACAAUGUUGGUGCGUGCAGUUCAGUAG